ACCAGAAGAGUAGCAUCGUUAACAUACUCUGUAGGGUGUAUCACCUAGACAUUUGGCUUCUGCCCUCUCAUUUAGUUCAGCUGGUGAGAUAGAGGCAGGAGAGCUGUGACACGCCAGUCCUCGGUAGGUUCUCUAAUCGACAGCCAGCCAACAUGGACCGGUCCUACAUGGGCAGUGCCACUGCUUACAGUGUCUACGGGAAGCCGCCUCAGUCCUACUUUGACCCGGCCUACGACGAGAAAGCAGCAAAGUCGUACAUGGACUCGGUGUACGAGGAGAAGAAGAAAGUAGAGAAGAAGGCCCGCUCCGAGGCCGUCUGCUGCGAGGUCGUGGCGCUGGUCUUCGGAUUCGUCGGCCUGAUCGGUGUCUCCGCUGUGACCGGCUUGCCCAUGUGGAAGGUCACAGCAUUUAUUCAGGAGAACAUCAUCGUCAUGGAGACGCGCUGGGAGGGCCUGUGGAUGAACUGCUAUAGACAAGCCAACAUCAGGAUGCAGUGUAAAGUGUACGACUCUCUGCUGUUCCUCCCCGCGGAGCUGCAGGCUGCCAGAGGCCUCAUGUGCUCCUCCGUAGCUGUAUCCGCCAUCGCCCUGAUCCUCUCUGCCGUGGGGAUGAAGUGUACCAAGGUGGUGGACCACCGGCCUCGUACCAAACACAUCGUCCUGGUGACCGGGGGAUGCCUGUUCCUCGUGGGUUGUGUCACCACCAUCAUCCCUGUCUCCUGGACGGCCAACGUGAUCAUCCGUGACUUCUACAACCCUCUGCUGAUCGACGCCCAGCGCAGGGAGCUGGGAGAGGCGCUCUACAUUGGAUGGGUGACCUCGGCUCUGCUGUUUGUGGCUGGGGUCAUACUGCUGUGUCGCCACGCACCCCGGGUAGGAGACGAUGAGAUGGAGAGGAUGGUCAACGGGCCUGGAUACAUCUACCAGCCUGGAGUGAACUACCAGCCUGGAGUGAACUACCAGCCUGGAUCAGCAUACGUGUACCAGCCGUAUUCCUACCAACCCAACUACUCAGCUCCGCCCGGAUCUUUGGUCUACACUCCUAACCAGUACAUGUGAGAGAAACCCAGCCCAGAACAACAUGGACAGCUUGAACAGCUUGGAACCAAGCAUUAAAAGUAUAAUUACAUUUACAUUUACAUUUAAGUCAUUUAGCAGACGCUCUUAUCCAGAGCGACUUACAAAUUGGUGCAUUCACCUUAUGACAUCCAGUGGAACAGCCACUUUACAAUAGUGCAUCUAAAUCUUUUAAGGGGGGUGAGAAGGAUUACUUUAUCUACUCACAGGUAUUAUCCCACUACUGGACAGCACGGGGGAUUUGACCUGCUUCGUUUCCGACCUAAUUAAUAUAACAGAACUCAUAUCGUUACAUAGAAUAUAAUUACUUUGAGUUAUUUGUAUCCAAGCGUUGUUGAAAUGUCAGAGUGGGGAGGAAGAGACAGAGGCACUGAACUGGCCAGAAGUCUCUUGCUGGAAAUGGCCCAAUCGUUGAUUAAUUUUGUUCAGAGAGAGAGAGAGAGAGAAAAUAUCAUUAAGCAGAUCUAUGUGAAAUUCCCUGUAUGUGUUGUGUCUAUGUGUUCAUAGGUGGGAGUUAUAGGUGGGAGUUAGGUGGGAGUUAUGUGUUUAAUUGUGUAAAUAUACUUGUCAGGUAUGUGUAUAGUGCAAAUAUUGAGAAAAUAUUGUCAUACCAAUGGCUGUGGAAUAAUGUGGUUAAGCAAAUAGGGCUUCACAAGUUUUCACUAAUAUUGACCCAAUAAUUGACCAAACCCCUGUUUGUGUUUACCUGCUAUUUUCAUAUGAAAAGGUUUGUUGUUUGUUGUUAUCAUUAUGUUUUCUGUUUUUUACAGCAAUGGCCUAAAUUGACCCCAAUUUGGUUUCACAAUAAAAACAUAUAUAACUUUU